AUGUCAUUGGUUUUACCAAUACCAUCAGGAACAAAUUCAUCACUUUUAGAAAAUGAUUUAGGAAGAGGUUUCAGUAUUGACGAAAAUGGUGGGAAUGCUAUCAAAAACACUGUAUUCAUUUGUGAAAAAGAGAAUAUCAAUUCAACAUUUCCUAAAACAGAUUCAAAUAACUUUACAUUAAUUAGAAGUUGUGAAUCAUUAAAAUCAGCAUUAAAUGUUGGUGGAGAAAUUGGGUUAUCAUUUGGACUUCUUUAUGGAAAGGUUAUGGGUAGUUAUAUGGAAACCAAUAUUACAAAUAAUGAAACAAUGACAUUUUUAUAUUCAAGAAGAGUUGUUGAUAAAAUCGUUGAAUUAGACUAUCAUGCAAAACCAUCUAAUGAUAUUAUAAAUGAAAAAGAUAUUGAUUCACUCAGAUCAAAAUAUGGCCUAUAUUAUAUUAGUAAAAUUGAAUAUGGUUCAUUUAUAGAUGUUAAAAUUACAUUAGAUUCUUCUAAUAAUACAACAGGUGGUUAA